AUGGAGACCACACCACUACUGCAGCGCAAUAAUGAACCACCAUCACCAUCUUCACCGGCAUUACCACUGUCGGAACAAGAAGACUACCCGCCUGAAGCUUCCAAGACCUUCAAAGGAUUAAAGUCUUUGUUUUGGAAAGAGACUGUCAAGUUAUGGAAGAUUGCUGGUCCUAUUGCCCUCAGUCUCAUCUGUCACAUGAAUAUCAAUGGGAUUGAACUAAUGUUGUUCGUGGGAAUAAAUGCUGCUAUAAGCGUUCGGGUGUCGAAUGAGCUUGGAAUGGGGCAUCCAAGAGGUGCGAAAUACUCGGUCUACGUGACUGUAUUUCAGUCUCUGGUGAUUGGACUGGUUUGCAUGGCUGUUGUGUUGAUAGCUAAGGACUAUUUUGCCUACCUUUUCACAAGCAGCGAAGUGAUGCGAGUAGCUACCUCUAAACUAGCAUUCAUUCUUGGUAUCACCAUGGUUCUUAACAGUGUUCAGCCAGUGAUAUCAGGUAAUUAA